CUUCUGUCAUGGCGCCUGUUUGACAUCUCAGUUCGCAUUGAAAAAAUCAACGCCGCUACGUGCAAAACCCGCAAAACCAAACAAGCGGUGCGGAAAUACAAAAUACGAUUGCAAUUUAGCAGGUAUUUAUCCGGAAAACGAUAGGUUUUCCUUUAUUUCUUGAGAAAACCGUCUGUCCUUCGCAUUGCGAGGGCCAUCACAAGCUACCAAACUGUCUGCCGUCGUAAAAAUGAAGCUGACCGAUUCGGUCGUUCGAAGCUUCAAAGUCGCAAAAGUUUUUCGCGAAAACACGGACAAAAUCAAUGCAAUCGACUACUCCUCCAAUGGGGAAAUGCUAAUCAGCUGCAGCGAAGAUGACCAGAUUGUACUUUUUGACUGCGAGAAGGGAACCCAGAUCCGGACUGUGAAUUCGAAAAAGUACGGCGUGGACUUGAUUCACUUCACACACGCAAACAAUACGGCGAUUCACAGCUCGACCAAGAUAGAUGAUACCAUCCGAUAUCUGAGCCUCCACGACAAUAAGUAUCUGCGGUACUUUCCCGGGCAUUCGAAAAAGGUUAUAUCCUUGAACAUUUCGCCGGUGGAGGACACCUUCCUUUCGGGUUCGUUGGACAAGACACUGCGUUUGUGGGAUCUGCGGUCGCCAAACUGUCAAGGCGUGAUGCACUUAAAUGGACGCCCCGUGGCAGCUUACGACCCGGAAGGUUUAAUCUUUGCCGCCGGUGUCAACUCGGAGAGCAUCAAGUUGUACGAUUUGCGGUCGUUUGACAAAGGGCCGUUCGUGACGUUCAAGCUGAACCAGGAAAAGGAGUGCGACUGGACGGGGCUGAAGUUUUCCCGCGACGGAAAGACCAUUCUGAUCAGUACGAACGGAUCGAUCAUCCGGUUGAUUGAUGCCUUCCAUGGCACUCCGCUGCAGACAUUUACCGGCCAUUUGAACAACAAGGGUAUCCCCAUAGAGGCAUCGUUCAGCCCGGAUUCGCAGUUCAUCUUCUCCGGCAGCACAGACGGACGAGUUCACGUGUGGAAUGCUGACACUGGGUACAAAAUAUGCGUUCUCAACGGCGACCAUCCCGGACCGAUUCAGUGCGUGCAGUUCAACCCCAAAUUCAUGAUGCUGGCUUCGGCUUGCACUAAUAUGGCAUUCUGGCUUCCGACAGCGGAAGAUUCCUAGAUAUUAGAGAACCAUCAUUGAAGGGGACACAUUCUACCGGUAAUUUUGAAUUAUUUUAAAACCGACUAACCGAGAUGUCGUCUUAAGGUUAUCGAUAUAAGAUAAAUAAAUAAGUAUUUCUGUAAGUGUUA